AAUAAGUUAAAGUGACUGUCAACUUGAAUAAUUUUUUCAAAAAUACCUUUAUAUUUUAUUUUAAUAUCGCUAGGUUAUAUUAUAUAAGUAAUUCAAUGUUUUCAUUACCGAAUUGUUAAUUUCUUUUAAAAUGAGCAAAGAAAUAGAAACUAAAGAAUCCGUCCAAGAAUUGAUAAGUGAAGAAAGUUAUAGAGAGAAAUUAGCACGUUGUUCGAAAAAUGGUCUUAAAGCCUCAAUCACAUCAUUUUACAUUGAUUCUACAAAUUUCAUAUUUAUUUAAUACUUAAUAAAGUAUUUGUGGACUUAAUUAUAGCGUAUAAUUGGAAUACCUAUGCUACUUAAAGGUUUCAAGCUGUUCAGAAUACCAACUGAAGCAAGAGUAGCAGUUGGACUUUUGUCUGGCCUCCCGAUAUUGUAUUAUACUGGAAAGUCUGCCCGAGAAACUUGUAUGAAUGAAGUCAAAGAAAACUUUAAAUAUCAAUAAACUACUACAAUGCAUUUAUUUAAAAAUAUUAGAUAUACGUCACAGUUUAUUUUAUCAAAUUAUAAAAAAUUUAGAAGUAAUAUCUGUAAUAAUAAUUUAACUUCAUUGUGUGUCAAAAGAUUUUUACAUGCAUACGAAGAUGAAUCAGUGAAUGAAGAUCCUUCCAUCAACACGGAGUAUGCAGAAUUAUCUAAUGAGUACUUGAAUCCAGCUCAAAAUGGACACGGAGUUUUAGUAUUGCAGCCGUUUAUUAAGUGGGGUACUGACAAAAAACGCAAUACAAAGCCUGAGCUGCAAUUAGCUGAAGCAGAAGCAUUAAUAAGAACAUUACCACGCUGGACAGUCGUCGAUUCUUUAUGCAUAUCACUAAUGACAUUGAAGAAAAAAAAACUUUUAGGUAAAGGUAAUUUAAAAAUGCUUGAAGAACGUGUUAAACAAAAUUCACGAAUAACUGCUGUAUUUGUAAGCAUGAAUCUUUUACGACCAGUACAGAUUCAUCAGUUAGAAAAUGUACUUGGCGUUCCGGUUUAUGAUCGUUAUUCAAUAGUCAUCCAAAUAUUUCGUGAACAUUCUAAGACCCCGGAAGCUAAAUUACAAGUAGCGCUUGCUGAGUUGCCUUACAUAUGGAAAAAAAUAACUUGGUUAAACGAAGACAGCGAGGGUCGAAUAAAUUUGUCCGAGAAAAGAAAGUUUGUUCUUCAUGCUCGCGAAUCUAAAUUACGAACUGCGUUAAAUAAAUUAAAGGAACACCGAAAAUUAAUUCGCAACAAUAGAAUCAGUAAGAAAAUACCGACGGUUGCGAUUGUUGGUUACACAAAUGCUGGUAAAACUUGUUUAAUAAGAGCAUUGAGUAAUGAUAAAUCAUUGGUUCCCCAAAAUAAAUUAUUCGCGACACUUGAUACGACAGCUCAUGAAGGUUUAUUGCCAUGCAGAUUGAAAGUUUUAUAUAUUGAUACUAUUGGAUUUAUUCAAGACAUACCAGAGGGGCUUAUUGAACCUUUUGUUGCGACAUUUGAGGAUGCAAUAAUAGCUGAUGUAAUUGUUCACGUUUAUGAUGCUAGUCAUCCGGAUAAAAAAGCUCAAAUAGAUCAUGUCAGGCAGACACUUGAUAAUAUAAUGACUGAAUUGGAGAUACCGAAUAAACCGAUAAUUGAAAUUGCUAAUAAGUGUGACAUUGCACCCAAAGGCAGUGUACCUGACGAUGUUACAGUAAUUUCAGCUCUUAAGCUAACAGGUAUUGAUUUACUGAGAAGACAAAUAGAAAAACACAUACUAGAAGUAACUGGUCGUAAAUCAUUAAAAAUACGCGUACUCGCUGGAAGUAACAUCGCUGCUUGGUUGUAUAAAGAAACUACUGUAACAGAUAGUGAAGCUGAUUAUGAUAAUCCACAGUACAUGUUUAUAACGUCACUUGUUACUGAGGAACAAAUGCAUCGGUUUAAAAAAUUUAUAAAACAACAAGCUGCUAAUCGUGAAACUUUAUUUUCAAAUAAAUAAAAUAAUUUGAAAAAAAUAGUUUAAUUGCAAGUGUAUUUUUUAAUAUCAGUGAAAGAUAAUUGGAUUAAAUAUGAAACAUACGAAAGGCACGUAUCUUUGAUGAGAACGCUGUUCUCUUUUGUGAUCUGUACACGUGCAGAACACGUGUCUCAUUUUCAGUCUUUAAAUAUCAAACAAAUGGCACGUGGUUGCCAAAGAUUGAACGAGCUUUUUUUUUUAUUAUUUAUCUUUCAACACUUUUUUACAUUCUUCAUUAAAAAACUGUAAAAAAGUAAAAGACAGUUUUUUUUAUUGUCAAAAAGUAAUUUAUGUUCGUUGCAUUUUAUGAGAUAUUAUUUAUAAAAAUACACUAACAGCUUAAGUUUGUAAUAAUUCAACAAUAAUAAAUUAUAAGGUGAUGUAAAAAAUUGUCACUAAUAUGAUUAAUUAAGGACAGUAAAAAAGUUGUAGGUUGUAAUUAAAUGUUAAAAAUAAUUUUAAAAAGUUUUUACCAACUACAUUUUUUAUUGUUAAGAUGUAAAAGGUGAAGAUGAUGAACUAAUUAAAUGUCAAUUAUUUUUUAUUCAAUUUAAAACUAAUUUUCAUAAAAAAAUUACUAUAAAUAAUAUACAUAGUUGCAUUAAAAAGAAAAAUUAAUUUUAUACGACAUAGAAUGUUAUUUUUUACAAGUAAGAACUAAAAGUAAAUUACAGGCAUCUCCCCUUGGAGCUUGCUUUUUUUUAGUGUCUUUUUUUUGCGCUCCGAUAAUUUUCGUCUUCUACUUUCAACAUAAUUUAACUUAGUUAAUUACUGAACAAGUUUUUUUUCUAGUUUAAGUUUGUUUAAUCUAUUAAAUAUAUAGUUUUUUUUUCUUUUUAAUAAAAUUUAACAAUAAUCUAUUAAUUUAUUUAAAUAUCUAAUAUUAAAUACGGGUGAACUCUUUUACCCGUAACACGUUUAAUUAUCUAUUGACAUUGCAUUAAUUACAAUUGUACAAUUCGUAAUACCCAUUAUGAUUCGACAAUUACACAACCGAUUGAUCAGUACUGUUGAUGUUGUGCCGUACGUAAACACACCAAGUGAAAUAACAUUAUGCAGGUGUAGACUAAAAUAAACUACAAUACCAAACCAUUUGAAUAUUUUUUUAUAAUCAAUAAAUCAAUAUACUAAAAUAAUAAAAUCAAUAGCAUUGUAAAUAAA